UAUUUGCAAGAAAAGCAUUUUCGCCUACGAACGACUAUCACUGGCUGCCUGCAUGGCGGAGAAAGCUAUGACCAUGGAUGGCACAGUGUCGGCAGACAAGUAUCAGAAACUAGCCAGCGAAUACUCAAAGCUGCGUGCCCAGGCCACUGUGCUGAAAAAGGCGGUGCUGGAAGAGCAGGCCAAGGAGGGUGGCCUCAGGGAGCAGCUGCAGCAGUAUGCCACAUCCCUGCGCCGCACCGAACAGGAGGUAGACUCGUUGGGCUUCCGGAACAAGCAGCUGGAGUCUCGGGUAUCGCAACUGCAACAAGAAAUCUCAGUGCACGAGCAGCAGAGGAAGAAAAAGGACAAGGAGCCCGCUUCAAGGCGGGGACUGCUAGGUGGCACCAAACUGGAUGUUGGCGACGCCGCCUCUGCCGAGACAUCGCACGAAGCUAAUGCCGCCCAAGAGACCCUCCUAUUCGAAGAGCUGCAAAAGAAAAUCAUGGAAAAUGCCCAGCUGACGUCAUUGAUUGACGACAAGCAGCGUGACUUGUUGCUGCACACGGAGCGUAUAGCGACGCUCUCACAGAAACUGGAUAAGCGCAUUGGUGACCAAAACGAGCUUGAGAAACGUUUGCGAAAAGAAAUCGAAACAUUGCAGCACAGAAACAGCGAACUGGAGACCAAACUGGUGGAUGCGGCCAGCAUGCUUGGCAGCGAGGACGCUUUGAGUGCCACCGGCAGUGACAACACUCCAUUGCACAACAUCCAGCAAAAUAACUCCAACCAUGUCGUGCAGCUCACAGCCGAGGAUCGCAUUGCAAUGCUGGAAAAGGAAGCGGCACACUGGCGCGCCCAAUACGAGGUGGCCAAGCUGCACCAGAAUUUUAAUUCGAAUCCAAUCAAGGAUCUCAGCAUUUGCAGCUGCAGCACGGCCGCGGCGGGCAUUACCGUCAAGCCAAGCGAACUGGAGGCCAGAGGCAGUCAACGAGCGCGUGACUCCAUGCAGGAGCCGCCGGAACCGCCCUCGAAAGAGCAGUUGAUUUAUAGCGUGUUCAGCAAAAAGUUCGAAGAUCUGCUGCGGCUAAAGGUACAUGCCGAAUCGAGACUGCGAUCCUUCGAACUGGAGGUGCAGCAUUUACAAAACUGCCUGGAGAACGCCACCCAUGAGCUGAAGGCCAAGGAUGAGCAGCUGGCCAGCCUGGGUGGCGCCCUGCAAAUGAUGGAAGAAGAACUGACCACAACGCGCAUUAACUAUGAGGAGCAGAUUAGCGUUCUCACGGAACAAGUGAUUAGUCUCAGCGACCAGUUGGCUGCCUGCAAAUGAAUCGAGGGGGCUCGAGCUCCUGGCGUGCCGCUUUCCUGUAUAUUAUUGUAAAAACUAACCCAGGCCCAGCCUGUCUGCGUUAUUAUGCAAUAUCCUACCCCUGGCCCCCUAUUGUUUGAUAACUGAACAUAUAUAUAUAUGUAUUAAAUAAUUCACUAACGUUUAA